UCCAUGGCGAUCAGGUCUUUGCUGCUCCCUCUUGCCAUCGUGGCCGUUCUUGCAGCUAGCUCGGCGGCAGCAGUCGCUCAACUGGAGAUCGGCUUCUACAGCAAGACAUGCCCGCAAGUCGAGGAGAUCGUCCGCGAGGAGAUGGUCAAGAUCAUCGCCGCCGCACCCAGCCUCGCCGGCCCGCUCCUCCGUCUCCAUUUCCACGACUGCUUCGUCAGGGGCUGUGACGCCUCUGUCCUCCUCGACUCCACGAAGGGCAACGUGGCGGAGAAGGACGCCAAGCCGAACAAGAGCCUGCGAGGGUUCGGCUCCGUGGAGCGGGUAAAGGCCAAGCUCGAAGCCGCCUGCCCAGGCGUCGUCUCCUGCGCCGACGUCCUCACGCUCAUGUCCCGCGACGCCGUGGUGCUAGCCAAGGGGCCCAACUGGCCAGUGGCUCUGGGCAGGCGAGACGGCAGGGCGUCUAGCGCCACAGAGGCCAGCAAUGAGCUUCCCCCAGCCAACGGCGACGUCCCUCUGCUCGCCAAGAUCUUCGCUUCGAAGGACCUCAACCUCAAGGACCUCGUCGUCCUCUCCGGCGCUCACACCCUCGGCACAGCGCACUGCCCGUCAUACGCCGACCGCCUCUACAACGCCACCGGCAACGACGGCGCGUACAGCCUCGUGGACCCGUCCCUGGACAGCGAGUACGCCGACAAGCUGAGGCUCAAGUGCAAGAGCCUCGACGACCGCAGCAUGCUGUCGGAGAUGGACCCCGGGAGCUACAAGACCUUCGACAGCAGCUACUACGGCCACGUCGCCAAGCGGAGGGGCCUCUUCCGUUCCGACGCCGCUCUCCUCACCGACGGCACCACCAGGGACUACGUCCAGCGCGUCGCCACGGGAAAGUUCGACGCUGAGUUUUUCAAAGACUUCAGCGAGUCCAUGAUCAAGAUGGGCAACGUCGGCGUCCUCACCGGGGCCGAGGGGGAAAUCAGGAAGAAGUGCUACGUCCUCAACUAG